CUGGAGGGGCAGGUGGCAGAGACGGUUGGGAGGAGAGGGAUGGAAGGAAGCAGCACAGGGUGUGAACAGCGUUCCUUCUGGAAAGGGCGCAGCAGCAGCAGCAGCAGCAGCAGCAGCAGCAGCAGCAGCAGCAGCAGCAGCAGCAGCAGCAGCAGCAGCAGCAGCAGCAGCAGCAGCAGCAGCAGCAGCAGCAGCAGCAGCAGCAGCAGCAGCAGCAGCAGCAGCAGCAGCAGCAGCAGCAGCAGCAGCAGCAGCAGCAGCAGCAGCAGCAGCAGCAGCAGCAGCAGCAGCAGCAGCAGCAGCAGCAGCAGCAGCAGCAGCAGCAGCAGCAGCAGCAGCAGCAGCAGCAGCAGCAGCAGCAGAAGCAGCAGCAGCAGCAGCAGCAGCAGCAGCAGCAGCAGCAGCAGCAGCAGCAGCAGCAGCAGCAGCAGCAGCAGCAGCAGCAGCAGCAGCAGCAGCAGCAGCAGCAGCAGCAGCAGCAGCAGCAGCAGCAGCAGCAGCAGCAGCAGCAGCAGCAGCAGCAGCAGCAGCAGCAGCAGCAGCAGCAGCAGCAGCAGCAGCAGCAGCAGCAGCAGCCAGCAGCAGCAGCAGCAGCAGCAGCAGCAGCAGCAGCAGCAGCAGCAGCAGCAGCAGCAGCAGCAGCAGCAGCAGCAGCAGCAGCAGCAGCAGCAGCAGCAGCAGUAGCAGCACCAGCAGCAGCACCAGCAGCAGCACCUUCUGACCUAAUAGAGCAAGACAAAUAAG